AUGCCCAACACCAAAAUCAUCACCGUGCCGCAUCUCGGUGGCAUCGAAGCCUCCUAUCAAACNCCCGGUCUAGACCUGGAAAAACCUACCCUGGUACUCGUCAACUCCUUUACCACAUCUUCGGAGCUCUACAAGACACAAUAUGCCAACAAAGAUCUCACCGACAAGAUGAAUUUACUCGCCAUCGAACUGCUUGGCCACGGACAAACACGCUGCAAGCUUGAGAAUUGGACCUAUUGGGACACGGCUUACAUGAACAUCCAAGUGCUGCAGGAGUUGGAGAAGAAGGGGCAGAUUGACCAGGGCAGAGGUGUNUUUGUGCUUGGCACUAGUCAGGGUGGUUGGAUUACUGUUCGUAUGGCCCUACUGGCUCCUGAUAAGAUCACUGGUAUCAUCCCUCUCGGUACAAGCCUCGAUUCCGAAUCCCCAGAGACCCGUGACCUCGGUUGUUGGAAUGCGCCCCGAGACCUCACACCCACCAUCGAUGCUUGGAGCAAGCAAUCAGACGACACCUUCCGCCCAGGCAACGACUUCUCCGACUUCCUCAUCGACAUCGGAUUCGGCAAAGAUUGCUCGUCGGCUGUCCGCGACUUCUGGCGCAACGAAAUAGCAAACAACUACAUUGGCGACCAAGGAAGGAAGCGAGCGCGGAUGGCAACCAUCAAUCUUCGCGAUAGGGAUGGCUUACACGGCAGAUUGGCCGAUGUCAAGUGUGCCGUGCUAUGGCUGCAUGGUACUGCGGACGUGGUGUAUUCGGUGGCCAACGCGGAGAGGGAGAUCAAGAUGUUUGUGGGUAGUCGCGAUGCGCGGCUUCAGGUUGUGCAAGAUGGACAGCACUUCUUGUCGUUUAGUCAUCCCAAGGAAGUGGAUGGCGCGGUCGCUGAGUUCGUGGCCAAGUAUUCUCAGUGA